AGUCAAGAAGAUGUGUUGAUCCUUCUCGAGUGCACAAGUGCGUACUUAGAAUCAGAUAUGAUAGAGUUUCCCAACGCGUCCUUAACGACAUUCAAACGACGUCAAGUGUUGGCCAUCCAGGCUAUUGACAAUAAAAUCACUCUGUUGGAAUCCAAGUUUGACGGCAAAGUAUUCACGUGCGUUGAGAUCCGAUCGGCACUGGUGCCAACUGACUGGGCAGGUCGUUUUCAGUGGAUCAGAGUCUUUGAACUGCUAAUUAAGUUGAAGAAAAUGUGCCUCGAACAGAAUCAUGUCACUGAAACUUUGUUGAAAGAA